AUGUCGCUGCAACUCCCUCGCAUCCUCAUUGUGGAUCACUUCGACUCGUAUACCCUCAAUCUCCUCUCCCUGCUGCAUCCUGCCGACGCACAGCAAUGUCAGCUUCCUCUCAACGAUCGCCAAGAGCUCACGCGUAGAAUCGCGGAUCGCGUCCUCGUCCUACCACACACACAUCCGCUAUUACAACCCGCCGCCUUCCAUGAGCUCGUUCGUCCGUACGUCGAUGCCAUCAUCUUAUCUCCCGGUCCCGGCAGUCCAGACAAGGCCGCCGACUUUGGGGCGGCAGAAACACUGCUCAAGGACGAAUCACUUCGUCUUCCGGUUUUUGGCGUUUGUCUUGGCCACCAAGGCCUCGCAGUUGCCUUUGGAGGUCAGGUCACGCGUGCCAUCAGUGUCCGUCACGGUCUUCAGAGUAAGCUCAAGAUCACAGAGCCGCCACUCUCACAGGCGACUUCACAACACGCUGUCUCCUCGAUCCUUCAAGGCGUCCCCCAGGAUGCCCUCGUCGUUCGAUACAACAGCUUGAUUGUCGACCCGGAUACGCUGCCUGAUUGCCUCCACAUAACAGCCUGGAGCUGUGACCAGGUCUCGACAGCCCCGCCUCCCCGUCCUGGCACUACCAGAAAGGAUGCACUACCAGCUCCGCUCCGAGUGCCUGCAGAACACGCCGCCGUAUCUCUCAAGCAUCGCGACCUUGCAUCUCUGAGUCGCUCUCCUUCCACCAUCCCUCUUUCCUCUCGAAACGGAUCCGAACGCCUCUCUGACUUGGGUGACAUGCCCUCAUCGGUGGCGACAAGUGUCGACGACUUGGCCGAGGUCGAAGGCAGCCAGAUCCUAGAACACACCUUCUCUCCAGCUAUCAUGGCGUUGCAGCACAAGAUCUUGCCCUUCUAUGGCGUGCAGUUCCAUCCAGAAAGUAUUGAAUCCAACUGGGGUCAUACCAUCAUGUCUAAUUUCCUUGACCUCGUCCGACAAUACUGGCAGCAACAGGCAUCACGACAGGAGACCGAGAAGUCCGCGACGUCUUCGGAGGCUCGCGGCCGGAUCAUCGCUUGGGACGAGGCCGGUCUCGCUCUGCCUAUGCAUCUCAGGCUUGCUGGCGAGCGUUGCCUCGCGAGCCAUUCAUGCGCACAUGCACAACCCGCCGCGAGCAAUCAUGUCGCCGACAAACGCGCCUUCGUUCUACUCGCUAAUCGCUCACCUGCGAUACCGUCGGAUCGCUCUGCCGACAUGGUGCGCAUCUUUGACAAGCUGUUUCGCCGUACAAGCCCGGCGGGUGCCGUCUGGCUAGACAGCGCACGUCUCAAGGACCCGCAUAGUCGAUACUCUUUCAUGGCGUUACCAUCAUUUGUCCUCUCGUACCGCGAUGGCAGCCAACAUAUCGUCGUGUCCGGGGACGAGAACUGCACUUCCAAGGUCGCGUUGUCCGGGUCAAAAGACGCAUCGUUAUGGUCCUUUAUGAAUGAUCUGCAGAGGCAGCUGCAAAAUUCCAUUGAUUCGACAGCUGCUUCCCAAAUUCUCGAUGACGACCAGCAAGGCAACCUCUUCCGCACCGGCUUCAGUGGCUAUUGGGGCUACGAGAUGAAGAACGAAAGCCUUCAGCUCGAGAUACCCGCGCCAGUGGGCAGCAACGGCAACGCUUUUGACGCCGAAUUCCUGUAUUGCCCGAGGGUGCUCGCUUUCGAUCACCAUCUGCAUCAGUGGAUUGCUUUUGCCUUGGUCGAGUCUUCUUCUCUGACAGCACCAUUGCCCACUUGCUUGGCAAAAGUGGACGGCGCACUAGAGGACCUGCGAGGGAAUGGCAAGUCUUGGUCUCGGUGGGCGCUCGGUAAGGCAGAUGCCGAAAUAUGGAUGCAAGAAACACUUGAAAGUGUCCUGGCGCUUUCCGGCCAAGCUCCAAGUCUUUCUCUCCCAGAUUCAGCUCAGAGCGCUGCAGCAUUCCGAAGCGCCAUGCCGCUGCUCAAGCCUCGCAUGCUCGCCGAGGACUACAUGGAUCAAAUUGAAUCGGCCAGAGAGCUGAUCGCUGCGGGCGAGAGCUACGAGCUCUGCAUGACGAACCAAUUUCAAGGUCGGCUUCCGCCGCUCGACACGGCCGACGCGGACCACUUUGACCUCUACUGCAAGCUCCGAGCUCGCAAUCCUGCGCCUUACUCUGCCUUCAUCAGGUUGCCUUCUUUCACUACAGGCGGGACAGGACCUGAGCGGCAAAACCGCGGCCGUGCCAUCCUCAGCACGAGCCCGGAACGGUUCAUGCGCAUCACCGCAGACGGCCACGUCGAGAUGAAGCCCAUCAAGGGAACUCUGGCUCGAGCAGGCUUUGGACCGGGGGAGCAAGGCAUGCGAGCCGGGGGCGGCGCCACGCACCAAGAGGAGCGAAACAAGCUCGCGUGGCGCGAGGCGGAGGACGCAGCGCGUCGAGCCAUACUCUCUGCCGACAUCAAGGAGCGGGCGGAAAACCUAAUGAUCGUGGAUCUCAUCCGCGCGGACCUCUUGUCUUUCUGCAACUCGGACAGCGUCGCUGUGCCUAAACUCAUGCAGGUCGAGUCCUACGAGACGGUGCACCAGCUAGUCACUACUGUGACCGGGCAGCUCAAGGCAUCCGUUGGCACCACGGAAGCGAUUCGCAGAUGUUUCCCUCCAGGCAGCAUGACGGGUGCACCGAAACGUCGCAGUGUACAGCUGCUCGAGCGGCUGGAGCUCAACUUGGCUGAUGCGGAGAGAGAUGAUGAGCUGCGUGCUAGGAGAGGCAUCUACUCGGGCGCGCUCGGGUGGCUAGGGUGCGACGGAGCUGCCGAUUUCUCGGUUGUGAUUCGUACGCUCAUUGCUGACGGUGACGACGUGUCGAUCGGCGCUGGUGGAGCCAUUACUUAUCUUUCGGAUGCCAAGAAGGAGUGGCAGGAGGUGCUGGACAAGGUCACAGCCUUGGCUAACAUCGAUGCCUGA